CUAGUAAUUCUCAUCCUCCCAAACACCUUUCGCUACAGGUCCCUAUUGGCAGCGACCUGAAUGUUGUCCUGUACGUAGUAGCUUCUUGAGAUUAAGACUUCAGGGUUUAUGGUGGAGCUUCGGAAUGGGCCUCGGUAUGGGGAAGUGCCCGCGGGCAUAAUACUACCGCACCUCAAUCAUGAAAACAAGUGUCUUUCUAAUAUUUCAGUCCAUAUUUUCCCUUUACCUAAAUUUAAACUCCUCUACAAGUGACCCAUUGACCAAUAUGAAGAUCGAGAACCGCACAUUCGUCGUCACCGGCGGCGCCUCCGGCCUCGGCCAAGCCACCGUCGAGCACUACCACCAAAAAGGCGGCUAUGUCUCGAUCCUGGACUUGCACGUGGAGAAGGGCGAGGCGCUCGUGGCCAAGCUCGGCGCGCGCGCCCGCUUCUUCCAAUGCGACGUGACCAGCAGCGAGAGUAUUGCUGCGGCGGUGAAGGGGACGACGGACUGGGUGGCGGAGACGAAGGCGCCGGUGGCGGGCGUGCUUGCGGGAGCUGGGGUUGGGUUGCCGGGGAAGAUCAUCGACGCGAAAGGCGAACCCCUCUCCAUGCAGCGCAUCGACUUCGUCCUGAACAUCAACCUCCGCGGUACCCUCGACACGAUCCGCCAAUUCCUCCCCACCAUGGUCGCCAACGAGCCGCUCACCCCCGACGGUGAGCGCGGGGUGAUCCUCAUGGUGUCCUCUUCCGCCGCGACGGACGGACAACCUGGCCAGGUGUCCUACUCGGCGUCCAAGGGCGCGGUGUCGGCGAUGACACUGCCGAUGGCGCGCGACCUGGCGCGGUAUGGGAUCCGGGUGGUGACGAUUGCGCCGAGUUUGUUUGAGAGUGCGAUGACGGCGAUGAUGGGGGAUAAGGUAAGGAAGAGCUUGGAGCGGGUGAUGGAGUUUCCGGUGCGGCAGGGGAAGCCGGAGGAGUUUGCGCGGCUGUGUGGCGAGGCGACGGAGAAUACCAUGUUGAAUGGGGCAGUGAUUAGGUUGGAUGGGGCGAUGAGGAUGCCGAGUCGGAUGUAGAUAGGUUGAGUACACGGUUGAAAUUUGUAUAAUACGGCUAUGGGAACGACGAUUAGGGCUUGGUGCCGCCGGAUCGCCUCCACGCGCUGGCUCGUUGCCGGCCUUUCUCGCUGGUCUUUCUCGCCCUUUUCGCUCUGACUGGGGCCGGUGCAGAGGCGCGCUGCCCUUCGAAUGCUCCAGCCUGGCCGGGUCUAGGUCGUGCGGCCCCUACCGGCUCCAUGUUGGCGUUCGCGCCGGACCGACCUCGAGAGCCAUGUGGCCCCUUUUGAGGUCCCCUCUGAGGCCGUCCCUGUGGGCCGCCUUCUCGGCCUCCCUCAGUUCGGCUCUUUGGCCGCCUCUUAGGGCGUUCAUUGGCUCCAGCGUAACCUGAAUCCUUCCUCGGCUUAUCCUGCGCCUUUGCUCGAGUAACACGGAGC